CCGCUAGCCGGCAGCAGCGAGGAUGGGAGGGUCGCAGUCCCUGCAGCCCGUCCCCAUCAGCGACCUGAGCCUGGAGGCUUCCGAGGCCAUGAGUUCUGACUCAGAAGAAGCCUUUGAGACCCCAGAGUCCACGACCCCCGUCAAAGCCCCGCCUGCCCCACCCCCGCCACCUCCCGAGGUCGUCCCAGAGCCCGAGGUCAGCGCCCAGCCAGCCCCAGAGGAACCAGGUAACCAGGGAUGCUGUGCUGAGCCUGUACCACCUGCCCCUGCUACUGACAGUCCCCGGUGUGGCUCUGUAGAAAGCAGCCCGUUCCGGCCCCCAGCCCACUCCUUCUCUGCCGUCUUCGAUGAGGACAAGCCCAUAGCCAGCAGCGGCGCCUACAACCUGGACUUCGACAGCAUUGAGCUGGUGGAUGAUUUGCAGGCCUCGGAGCCCAAGAACCAGGAAUGCCCUGCAGGCGCACGGAGAAAGUCCUCUGAGUCGGUGCCUGUAGCUAAGGCUGCCUUGUCCCGUUCGCUCAGCCUGCAAGCUGGCGACUUCGAUGGUGCUUCUUCGAGCUUGGCCAGUGCCGAGGCCCCGGCCCCAGAGACCCCAAGCACCGGCACCCUGAAGCGAACUAAAAAGCCGAGGCCACCAUCCCUCAAAAAGAAACCUGCCGCCAGGAAGCUCGCAGACAGUCCCCCACUGAAGGAGACCCCGCAAACGCCCUCCGAGGGGAUCCCAGCCCUUGAGCAGGAGGAGAGUCUGGCCCCGACAGACACGGAACCUGCGGGAACCGAAGGGUCCGAGUCAGCCUUCUUGGAAGAGGUCGUAGCCCCAGAACCCCCAGCCGUGCCCUCAACCGCCUGCCCUCAGGACUCGGGGGACGCGAGGGAGGCUGCCCCCUCUCCUUCUGGUGGUGGUCGGGUGCAGAACUCACCCCCCGUGGGCAGGAAGCCUCCCCCUCCAGCCACUGCACCCGAGACCCAAGCAGAGACCCCAGCAGAGAGUGGGGAUCACGAGGACACCCCGGCCAAAGGCCUCUCCGUGAGGCUGGAGUUUGACUAUUCCGAGGACAAGGGGAGUUGGGACACAUCACAGGAAAGCCCCCUGCCUGCCAAAAAACUUGGCAAGAAGCCGGUUGCCAAAAUGCCCCUGCGGAGGCCGAAGCCCAAGACUGCGGCACCUGUGCCCGCAGCGGAGAAGGUGGAGGUGGCGCCCGCCUCACCCAGCCACUCCCCCAUAGACCCUGGAGACAUCCCCUUGGCCAAAGGUACUUACACCUUUGACAUCGACAAAUGGGACGACCCCAACUUUAACCCUUUUUCUUCCACCUCGAAAAUGCAGGAGUCCCCCAAACUACCCCAACAGCCCUACGGCUUUGGCCCCGACACCGUGGACGAGGCCGCCGAGUCUGGCCAGCCGCCCCUUAAGCCCCCUAGCUCGCCCCCGAAGUCCCCAGCUUCCUUUGAGAUCCCGGCAAGCAGCGGGGAUGCCAACGGCAUGGAUGGGGACGGGCCGAGCAAGCCAGCCAAGAAGAAGAAGGCGCCCCUGAAGACGAUGGUUGAAGAUGUGAUGUCUGUGUGUUCUCUGUUUGACACAUUUAGGGUGAAAAAGUCGCCAAAACGGUCUCCUCUGUCUGACCCACCUUCUCAGGAACCCACGCCAGCGGGGACCCCAGAGGCACCCCCCGUCAUCUCUGCCGUGGUGCAUGCCACGGACGAAGAGAAACUGGCCGUCACCCACCAGAAGUGGACGUGCAUGACGGUGGAGCUGGAGGCCGACAAGCAGGACUACCCACAACCCUCAGACCUGUCCACCUUUGUCAAUGAGACCAAGUUCGAGUCCCCCUCGGAGGGUAAGCACCGCAGUGCUAGGGAGCUGCAGGCCGGGAGAGGCCUCUCUCAGCCAGAGUUGGAUUACAGAAGCGCAUAUGAAAUCGAAUAUAUGGAGAAGAUCGGCUCUUGCACUCCCCAGCAGGAUGACGAGGCCCCCAAGAAGCAGGCCUUGUACCUUAUGUUUGAUGCGUCUCAGGAGAGCCCUGUCAAGUCUCCGCCCGCCCGGAUCUCUGAGUCCCCAACGCCAUGUUCAGGCUCAAGUUUCGAGGAGACGGAAGCCCUGGUGAAUGCGGGGGCGAAGACCCAGCAGCCCACAGCCCGACCGCUGCUCCCCGGGCAGGAGUCACCUCUGCAGGGCCCUGGGAAAGCGGCCCGGAAAGACCUGGAGGCCAUGGAUGACCCCUCGGAGGCCAUGGAAAUCCCAGCUCCCGAGGGCUCCUUUGCCUCUGCUGACGCUCUCCUCAGCAGGCUGGCCCAUCCAGCCGCGCUCUGUGGUGCACUUGACUAUCUGGAACCCGACUUAGCAGAAAAGAAUCCCCCAGUCUUUGCUCAGAAACUGCAGAGGGAAGCGGCUCACCCCACAGAUGUCACCAUCUCCAAAACCGCUUUGUACUCCCGCAUGGGGCCCACGGAGGUGGACAAGCCCGAGGGCCUCCUCUUCCCACAACCAGAUCUGGACUCGGCGCUGCACAUGGCUAGGGCAGAGAUACUCACCAAGGAGAGAGAGGUGUCCGAGUGGAAGGAGAAAUAUGAAGAAAGCCGGAGGGAAGUGAUGGAAAUGAGGAAAAUCGUGGCUGAGUACGAGAAGACCAUCGCACAGAUGAUCGAGGAUGAGCAGAGGGAAAAGUCGGUGUCGCACCAGACGGUGCAGCAGCUGCUGCUGGAGAAGGAGCAGGCACUGGCCGAUCUCAACUCAGUGGAGAAGUCCUUGGCCGACCUCUUCCGGAGGUACGAGAAGAUGAAGGAGGUGCUGGAGGGGUUCCGUAAGAAUGAAGAGGUACUGAAGAAGUGCGCCCAGGAGUACCUGUCACGGGUGAAGAAGGAGGAACAGCGGUACCAGGCCCUGAAAGUGCAUGCCGAGGAGAAGCUGGAUAGGGCCAAUGCUGAGAUUGCUCAGGUCCGAGGCAAAGCACAGCAGGAACAGGCGGCUUACCAGGCCAGUCUGCGCAAGGAGCAGCUGCGUGUGGACGCUCUGGAGAGGACCCUGGAACAGAAGAACAAAGAGAUAGAAGAACUUACCAAGAUUUGUGAUGAGCUGAUCGCCAAGAUGGGCAAAAGCUAACUUCGGAGCCAGUGUUGGGACUCAACCACUGUGUGCACUGGGAACAUGGGCACAAGGCUCUCCCACCAGCUCGGACCAGACCAGACCAGUCCAGGUCUCCCUCCUCCCGGAGCACCACUGUCUCCUGCCAAGGGUCGCUCUCACUGCCUGCCGGGCUCGGGAGACCAUCCGAAGUUCUUGCUCUCGAUUUGCAUUUUCCUGGUCUACUUCCCAGCAAGCUGACCUCCGAGUUCCUGUAUCAGGGAGAUGGAUUCGCUCGAGGACACACUUGCCUGCCCUUGGUCCACGAGUUCCCAGGCCCCAGCUCCUGGGUGAACCAUGAACACGGGGAAGGUCACACGGGAACUCUUGCCUUAAGGAUUGUGCACUUGAUCUGCAUUUGUUGAUUUGUUUAAAUAAAUAAAAAAAACACACAAACGCAUGUUUCGAAUAAAAUUCUCUAUUGUAAAUAAAUGGUUUUUUCUUUGGCA